AAUGGUAUAUAUUGAGUAGCAAGAACUGAUGCAGCAGAGACACCAACAAACACAUAUAGUUCAAGAUGAGGGUUACUGUGGUGGCAUUGACAUUAUUUCUCUUCUGCCUGUCUGUGGCUGAAAGUACCACUCAACCACCAGGUGAGGCUGGUGAUUCAGGUGAUACCGUCAUUCAGGCAUCUAAUUGCCAAGAUUGCUGCACAGCCGAAGGUCAAACAAUCGGGCAAUUUGUUGUCCUCUUAAGAGAAAUAGAAACAGAACUCAGAAACACUAAGAGAGAGCUAGAGGAGCUGAGAUCACAAGUACAAGGUACCAGGGUAGCAUUUGGAGCAUCCAUUAGUGUCGGUGGAAAUCUUGGGCCUUAUAAUACUGAGAUCACACUCAUCUACAAGAGAGUCUAUGUAAACACAGGCUCAUUCAACCGUGCAACAGGUAUUUUUACAGCUCCUGUUAGGGGGAUCUAUUACUUCAGUUUUUCUGGACAUAAUGUAUCUUCUAAACCAAUGGGCCUGCGACUGAUGAAAAAUGGACAGCAAAUGGUCUGUGUCUACAACCAUGUUGCUGGAAACCGAUAUGAAACGGCAACCAAUGGCAUGACUCUUCAGCUUGAAGUUGGAGACCAGAUUUAUAUGAGACUGCGUCAAAAUACCUGGAUUUAUGACAACUCAAACGACCACAGCACUUUUGUUGGUCAUUUAUUAUUCCCUCUUUGAGAACCCUGAAGAAGUAACAGCCUUUUGGUGUUAGCAUUCAGUGGAAGUUAACUCUAAAUCUGUGUUUAUAUUGC